AUGCCACUUUCCCUCCUCCUGGGUGCCAAACUGCAGGAGACCCUCUCGGUGCCACGGCAGCUCACCUCUCUGCAGCUCUGGGAGGAGAUCGUCAAGGUUCACCCAAGGCUUGCUGUCAUCCGGGAUCAAGUGGUUUUUGCUGUUCGGCAGGAGUACGUGCUUCUUGGAGAUCAGCUCCUGGUCCUGCAGCCCGGAGACGAGGUUGCCAUCAUCCCACCAAUUAGUGGAGGCUGAAUCUGCCCAGGUUAUGUUAGGUCCAGAGAUGUGAUGGCAGUUCUCUUUUUCCACCCUGGUACUUACUCUUUUGAGGGAGCGUAACUUGCG